AUGGAGACUACUCAGGCGCUGUUUGAAUUUCUUACCUGCUUUAAGAAAAAGCUCGAUCAGAAUGCUAUUGUAAAUGCACCGUUGAACGGUCACGAGGAUGACCUCGUUCUCAAAGGCUCGGAAUAUAACACAUGCAUUAUUAUCCUCUAUAUUGGCUAUCUGUGCGACCAUACCCCUUCCAACAUUCUUGUAUUCUUCCUCAGGAUUGUCGAAACCCCUUUCUAUCCGGGAGCGAUGUACAUUCUGUCUAUAUUCUAUACUAGGAAGGAGAUUGUUACUCCUUCUGCAGUCUCCUUCGCCGGCCUUAUCGCAGCUGAGACUUUCAGCACACUCGGAAACAAGCAUAGUAUGCACGAAUGUCAAUGGCUCUUCAUCAUCGAGGGUGUGGCGUCCUUUGAGGUGGCCAUUGUUGCCUUCUGGAUGCUGCCCCACAAGCCGCUCAAUACCCGCUACCAUCUCUUCCUAACUGCUAUAGGGUCUCUUGAUUUCAAUACCGCCACCACCCUUGUCCUCACUGGUGCCCCUUCGCUCGUCGUUGGGGUCGUCGGCAUCUUCAUCAGCAUUAGCUCCGGCAAAUUCAACGAGCGCACAUGGCACAUCACCAACAUGAUGAAGAAGGCAGCCUCACAUUCAAUCAUCAAUGCUGUCUCGAUGGCGUCGUUUAUUUAUACUCCGCAUUCGUAUCCAAAGAGUGAUGGGUCAAAAUAUGUUAUUGCAAUGAGUGGUAAUGCUUGUUUCGCCCUCAGGUCCAUUGUGAGUGCUUGGGUUUUGAGAAUUUGGCUUUAGUGAAUGAACAAGAGGUUGCAAAG